AUGACCGUCUCUGUGGAGGCGCCGGCCGCCGCCUUGGUGAACCCCGGACCGGUCGCAUCACCACACAUCAACGGCAAUGCUCCGCGAAUGCCAUCGGCGGAACUGCCUGAGAUCUUCCAAGAUGGCAGAGUAUUUCCAAUCGCCGCCGAUGAAAAAUCGAGCAGCGUCUCCGAGGACCCUUUCAAGCUCGAUUCGAAGUUUGCCUACACUCCUCGAAGACUCAAGGUUUUCACCAUUGGCGCUGGCUUCUCCGGCUUGCUCAUGGCCCACAAGUUUCAACACAGAUUUCCAGAAAUGAGAGACAUUGUCGAUCAUACCAUUUUCGAGGCCCAUUCAGAUGUCGGAGGCACUUGGCUCAUGAAUAACUACCCCGGCGUGCAAUGCGACGUGCCAGCCCAUAUCUAUGCAUUCCCUUUUGACCCCAACCCAAAUUGGAGUCGAUUUUAUGCCAGUGGAGCUGAGAUUUUAGAAUACAUCAAAAGCACUGUCAAGAAGUGGAAUCUCGACCGUGACCUUCAGCUCAACACCAAAGUCGUCGGCGCCUACUGGCAGGAGGAUCUGGGCCAGUGGAAAGUCACGGUAGAGCAUCGAGGAAAACAGCGGGAUGAGUUCUGCCACGUUCUUAUCUCUGCCCAAGGCGUCUUGGUUCACGAAUCUUGGCCCAGUAUCCCCGGUCUCAAAGACUUCGAAGGCCACGUCACACAUUCGGCCCGUUGGGAUCACAACUUCGACUACUCCGGCAAGAGGAUCGCGGUUAUUGGAAACGGAUCUUCAGGCAUCCAGAUUGUUCCGCAGAUGCAAAAGCUGCCCGGCACAGACGUGAUGAACUUCAUCCGUGGUCCAUCUUGGGUCUACUAUCGCGCACCACCGUCCAAACAUCUUGGCAGAGAUGAUCCAGACCCCAACCCGCGCUACACAGAUUCAGAGAGAGAACAGUUUCAGGACCCUCAACUCCAUCUUGAACACAGGAAAGGAAUCAUCUCACGAACCAAUAAGUCUUUCUACAUCUUCAUGAAGGGCGCAAACAACCAGGAAGGCAUGAAGCUGGCAUCUGCACAGAUGGCCGAAAAGCUGGGAAACGACCCUAGGUUAUGUGAGAUGCUGAUUCCUAAAUGGGAGUUGGGUUGCCGCAGGAUUACCCCGGGGCCUGGGUACCUCGAAUCUUUCCUGCAGCCAAACUGCAACGUCACCAACAGCCCCAUCACCAGCGUUUCCAAGAAGGGCGUCCACACGGCCGAUGGCAACUUCUACGAAUGUGACGUCGUCGUUUGUGCCACCGGAUUUGAUGUGUCUCAUCGUCCAAGGUACCCGAUUGUUGGAAAAGAUGGGAUUGAUCUAGCCACCCGCUGGGCCGAGGAUCCCGACUCCUAUGUCUCGGUUGCUGUGCCUUCAUAUCCUUCGCUAUUCUACAUGAUGGGUCCGAAUUGCCUGGGUGGGCAUGGCUCUUUGGUCGAGUCCCUGAACUGGACUGGCGACUACUUUGUCAAGUGGAUCAAGAAAAUGUCCACGGAAGACAUCAAGUAUGUUGAGCCCAAACAAGAAGUUGUCGAUGCCUUCAUCAAGUAUAGCGACCAGGUCCACAAAACCCUCGUCUGGAGUGGUGGGUGCAAGAGCUGGUACAAGAGGAACCGCGUUGACGGUAGAGUUACGGCUUUGUUUGGGGGCAGCGCUCAUCUCUUCAACCGAAUGUUGAGCGAGAUCAGAGCGGAAGACUUUAACAUUUGUUACCGUACUUCAAACCCUUUUAGGUUCAUGGGGAAUGGCUUUACUGAGUGGGAGAUGGAUCCCAAGAGCGAUCUGUCUUGGUACGUGGAGAAGGCGGAAGUGCUUGGUGAUGAAGUUGCGUGA